AUGCCAGUGGCCAUCGAAGACAAGAAGCCAGGAAUCUACCAGUACAGCAUGCGGCAAGCCAGAAACCAGGAGUCCACCAGUACAGCGUGGAGCAAGCCAGAAACCAGGAGUCCACCAGUACAGCGUGGAGCAAGCCAGGAGCCAGGAGUCCAUCAGUACAGUGUGAAGCAAGCCAGAAACCAGGAGCCAGGAGUCCACCAGUACAGCAUGGAGCAAGCCAGAAACCAGGAGUCCACCAGUACAGCAUGCAGCAAGCCAGAAACCAGGAGUCCACCAGUACAGCAUGCAGCAAGCCAGGAGCCAAGAGCCAGGAGUCCACCAGUACAGCGUGGAGCAAGCCAGAAACCAGGAGUCCACCAGUACAGAGUGGGGCAAGCCAGAAACCAGGAGUCCAUCAGUACAGCAUGGAGCAAGCCAGAAACCAGGAGCCAGGAGUUCACCAGUACAGCGUGGAGCAAGCCAGGAGCCAGGAGUCCACCAGUACAGCGUGGAGCAAGCCAGGAGCCAGGAGUCCACCAGUACAGCGUGGAGCAAGCCAGGAGCCAGGAGUCCACCAGUACAGCGUGGAGCAAGCCAGAAACCAGGAGUCCACCAGUACAGCGUGGAGCAAGCCAGAAACCAGGAGUCCAUCAGUACAGUGUGGAGCAAGCCAGGAGCCAGGAGUCCACCAGUACAGCAUGGAGCAAGCCAGAAACCAGGAGUCCAUCAGUACAGCAUGGAGCAAGCCAGAAACCAGGAGUCCACCAGUACAGCAUGCAGCAAGCCAGAAACCAGGAGCCAGGAGUUCACCAGUACAGCGUGGAGCAAGCCAGAAACCAGGAGCCAGGAGUCCACCAGUACAGCAUGCAGCAAGCCAGAAACCAGGAGUCCACCAGUACAGCAUGCAGCAAGCCAGAAACCAGGAGCCAGGAGUUCACCAGUACAGCGUGGAGCAAGCCAGAAACCAGGAGUCCACCAGUACAGCGUGGAGCAAGCCAGAAACCAGGAGUCCACCAGUACAGCGUGGAGCAAGCCAGGAGCCAGGAGUCCACCAGUACAGCGUGGAGCAAGCCAGAAACCAGGAGUCCACCAGUACAGCGUGGAGCAAGCCAGAAACCAGGAGUCCACCAGUACAGCGUGGAGCAAGCCAGGAGCCAGGAGUCCACCAGUACAGCGUGGAGCAAGCCAGAAACCAGGAGUCCACCAGUACAGCGUGGAGCAAGCCAGGAGCCAAGAGCCAGGAGUCCACCAGUACAGCGUGGAGCAAGCCAGAAACCAGGAGUCCACCAGUACAGCGUGGAGCAAGCCAGAAACCAGGAGUCCAUCAUCCAUCAGUACAGAGUGGAGCAAGCCAGGAGCCAGGAUCCAGGAGUCCACCAGUACAGUGUGGAGCAAGCCAGAAACCAGGAGUCCACCAGUACAGAGUGGAGCAAGCCAGGAGUCCACCAGUACAGAGUGGAGCAAGCCAGGAGUCCACCAGUACAGUGUGGAGCAAGCCAGAAACCAGGAGUCCACCAGUACAGAGUGGGGCAAGCCAGAAACCAGGAGCCAGGAGUCCACCAGUACAGCGUGGAGCAAGCCAGAAACCAGGAGCCAGGAGUCCACCAGUACAGUGUGGAGCAAGCCAGAAACCAGGAGUCCACCAGUACAGCAUGGGGCAAGCCAGGAGCCAGGAGUCCACCAGUACAGCAUGGGGCAAGCCAGGAGCCAGGAGUCCACCAGUACAGCAUAGCAGCUAUCAAUCUCUGCUCUCACUCUCUCCAAAUGAACCGAACUGCAGAGCCAGUCUAG